GCCACGGACAUAUUUACAUAAUAUUUAAUUUAUAAAUCUGUGGAACAACCACAAGUAACAUUUAGAGGUAGCUGAUAAGCAAAGUUUAAAGCACGUACUAAGCUUAAAUAAACCUUGACUGAUAAGUGCUCUGUUCGACAGUUAUCACCAUAAGUGUUUUGUACUCUUUUAUCGUUGUACAUGAUGUUUGGCAUUAGUUAUUAUUGUUAUUAAUUGUUAAUUCUUUUCUAUAUUCCAGAAUUAUUAUUUUUUUUCUGUGUUUUAGAACUAUUAACAUCAUUUUUGAUUUCCAUUUAGUUUAAUUACUCACUCUACCAAAUUUAAUUAACAUUAUAAGUCUGAAAUUAACUGUAAAUUUAAGUUUUAUUUAAUUACUUUUAAGUAAUUUAAGCGUUUAUUAAAUAUUCAUUAAUUAUCUUAUUUAUCCGAACUACUAAAAAUACCAAGUACUUAUCAUCAUGAAGCUCAGUAUUUUUACCUUAAAUAUAUGGGGUUUGAAAUUUGCAUCCAAAGAUCGUAAAGCUCGAGUAAUCGCAUUAGCUGACAGUUUAACAAACAAUGGAUAUGAUAUUGUGUGUCUACAGGAAUUAUGGUGUGAAGAUGAUUACAAAUAUUUAAAGGCAUCUUGUGAUAGUGUAUUUAAAUAUAUACAUUAUUUUCACAGUGGCUUGUUAGGAUCUGGAAUGUGUAUCAUGUCACGUUAUCCAAUAAUUGAUGUCCAUUAUCACUCAUUUAUUUUGAAUGGUUAUUUACAUAUGUUUUGGCAUGGAGAUUGGUUCGGUGGAAAAGGCAUUGGCUUAUGUCGUAUCAAUGUCAAAGGCUUUAUUGUAGAUGUAUACACUACACAUUUACAUGCUUGUUAUAAUGCAUCAAACGAUAAAUACACAAAUCACAGAGUAUUACAAGCUUAUGAAACUGCAAAUUUCAUACGUGUUACAUCUGCUGGUUCUGAUUUAGCAGUAUUAGCUGGUGAUCUGAAUUCUAAUCCUAAUGAAAUUUGUUAUAAGUUAAUAUGUUUAGGUGCAAACUUGAUCGACUCAUAUUCUGCGUGUUUAAACAAUAGUAUUGAAUACACUUACUCUCAUCCUAAAAAUUCAUACAAAGAUGUGAAUGAAGUAAAUGAUCGUAUCGAUUAUAUACUGUACAAAUUUAAUAAAAAGAAUUUAGUAGUUGUAAAUGAACAUAGACAUUCAUUACCACAUCGCGUUCCAGAAAAAGAUUUUAGUUAUUCGGAUCAUGAACCAAUAGAAGCAGUAUUUGAUAUAUCAACAAAUUCAUUGAAUGUUGAAAAUAAUACUACAAUUGAUACAGGUUUAAUACUUGAAAAAGAAUUUCUGAACGUUAUAAAUACUUCUUUGAACAUUUGCAAUGAAAAAGCAGUAAUAAACCCACUAAUAUCAUUAUGGCAUUCUAUAUUUGUAAUCAUUUGUAUAAUAUUAAGUAUGUAUUUGCAACCAGUUUCAUAUACUAAUACUAUUGUUUUUAUUACAUUACUUAUAUUCAUUAUCAUGUGGAUUUAUAACUUUGUUAUAAAACGGAUAGAACAAAAUUGUGUUCGUGGAUUUUGUCAUCAUAUAGAAACAUUAUUUUGUAAUAAAUAA